ACCCCGUGCGUCCAGCGGCUUCGGGCGCUCCCUGCUCUCGGGUCUUCAGGACCAGCCCUCUGCCUCCGGGCUGGUUGACCAUCUUCCUCCUCGUCUUAGGUAAAGUCAAAGCUCUGCCAAGGAUGGACCCCCUGGGUACCAUGGAGCAGUGUGAGGACAAGAAGGCUGGGAGCCCACACCCAGAGCCUGCUCCGUGGCAAGCCCUUCCUGUCCUGUCGGAGCAGCAGUCCAGGGAUGUGGAGCUGGUGCUGGCCUAUGCUGCGCCCAUCCUCGACAAGCGCCAGACCUCACGACUCCUCAAGGAAGUGUCAGCCGUCCAUCCACUGCCCGCCCAGCCUCACCUCAAAAGGGUUCGGCCGAGCCAUGAUGCCAGCUGUCCACACACACUAGAGAUACUGUUGUGCUUGGCGGGGCCGGCUGUAGGCACACGAUCUCUGGCUGAGCUCCUCCCGUGGCCUGCAGUGGACCCCCGUGGCCUGGGACAGCCCUUCCUGGUGCCCGUGCCUGCCUGGCCACCCCUGACCAGGGGCCAAUUUGAGGAGGCGCGAGUGCACUGGCCCACAUCCUUCCACGAGGACAAGCAUGUGACCCGUGCCCUGGCUGGGCGGCUUUUCUCGGCAGAGGAGCAGGCUGAAAUGCAAGGCCACAUGGAGCGGGCUGUGCGGGCAGCACAACAGGCGGCCACCAGGGGCCUAAGGGCUGUGGGGGCUGUAGUGGUGGACCCAGCCUCAGGACGGGUGCUGGCCACAGGCCAUGACUGCAGUAGCGCAGCCAGCCCUCUGCUGCAUGCCACCAUGGUGUGCAUUGACUUGGUGGCCCAGGGCCAGGGUCAAGGCACCUAUGACCUCAGGCCUCACCCCGCCUGCUCAUACACCCCAGCUGUCACCCCUCUGGGUGUCCAGACCAUCUCUGUGCGCAAGAUGGACGAAGACGCAGACGUGGAAGAGGAUGGCCUUCCCUACGUGUGCACUGGCUAUGACCUCUACAUUACCCGUGAGCCCUGUGCCAUGUGUGCCAUGGCCCUGGUGCACUCUCGUGUGCAGCGUGUCUUCUAUGGGGCACCUUCUCCCGACGGCGCCCUGGGCACCCGCUUCCGCAUCCACGCGAGGCCUGACCUCAACCACCGUUUCCAGGUGUUCCACGGUGUGCUGGAGGCCCAGUGCUGCCAGCUGGACCCCGACACGUAGGCGCCGUGCUUGCUGGCUCCAGACUGUCCCCUGCUCUGCCAGCCUCAGCUUCCUCAGACCCGUGUGGGCCUUGGCUCCCUCGUUGUCAUCCAGGGGCUGCAAUCCUGUUUGUGGGUUUCAGGGACACGCCUCCGGGCCCUGGAGCCCGUGCCCACACCAUUCCCACCAGUGCGCGGGGCUGCAUUUCUGCCUGGCCAAGGUUUUCUCUGGGCUGGAGCUUAAUGGGGGUCUAGUCAGACCUUGUCAUCGAGCACUCAGGCCUCCCUCCUUCGUCCGCCUUCACACUGAACCCACAGGUGCACUGGGGUUGUGUCCCCUUUGUCUCAUCUGACCCGUGAAAAUAAACACAACCCCCAAACCGGGUUGGUGUCUGUUGACAUUUGUG